AUGAAAAACGUGCCGACGCCGACAGAAACGCCGCCAGUCCUACCGUUUUUGCCGCCCACCUUGCCGCUGGGCGGUGCAACAGGUGCAGACGACGACAGUGAGCGCAAGCGGCGGCGCAAAAAUAGAUGGGGUGACAAAGAGACCAACCCAGCGGCAGCGGCGGCCUCGACGGCAGGCAUGAGCAAGGAGCAAAUCGAAAGCUACGCGACUACUCUGCGCAUCGACCAGAUUACGCAGAAACUAAAGAGCGGCGACGUGGUUCCCCCUGACGGCCAGCGGUCGCCGUCACCAGCACCUAUGUACAACAGCGAGGGCAAGCGUACAAAUACGCGUGAGCACCGGUAUCGGCGUAAGCUGGAGGAGGAGCGCAUGCGGCUGGUGGAGGAGCAGCUCAAGCGUGAUCCCGAGUACCGGCCACCAGCCGACUAUCGCCGGCGAUCGCGAUUCUCCGAGAAGGUCUUCAUCCCGGUUGAUGACAACCCGGGGCUGAACUUUAUCGGACUUUUGAUCGGGCCGCGAGGCAACACGUUGAAAAAGAUCGAGGGCGACUCGGGAUCCAAGAUAUCGAUUCGUGGUCGCGGAUCCAUCAAGGAAGGAAAGAGACGCGACGACGCCAACAUCCCGGGCGCUGACGAGGAUCUGCACUGCCAUAUCGUCGCUGACACCGAAGAGAAGGUGCAGAGAGGCGUGCGCAUUGUGCGCGAAAUAAUCAAGAAGGCCUGUGUGACACCCGAGGGCCACAACGACUUGAAACGCAACCAGCUGCGCGAGCUAGCGGCACUCAACGGAACACUGCGCGACGAUGAGGGCCAGGCGUGCAUUAACUGCGGUGCGCUGGGCCAUCGCCGCUGGGAGUGUACUGAAAAGACCAAUGUUACGGUCAGUCUUGUGUGCCGCGUGUGCAAUGGCAAGGGCCAUGUUGCCCGCGACUGCACGCAGAGA